AUGGUGUAUUCUGAGCAGGUAGGAGCUGAAGAGAAAAGGCGAAAGUUGAAGGAGGAGAAAUUGUUCAGAUCAUUGCGGCGGCGGGGUCGGCGACGAACUUUUUUGCGGCCAGAAGCUCCAGCUCCCGCCCCUCAAGGUUCCGACCAAUCAACAUCCAGAAUUUCAUUCAACAUGGAGAUAUUGCAGUGUUAG